AUGGACCCUGUAGGGCCAGCAGGUCCCCCAGCGCCCCCAGGCCCUUUGACUCACCCGAACCUGCCGGACAGCUCGGAGGCGCGGCCGCAGAGCAGAGCCGACGGGCGGGGCCUCCCCGGCACUUGGACCAGGUCAUCCCCAGAGCGUGCCACUGUCUUGCGGGAAGGUGUGCGUCGAUGUCUGCAGCAACAGUGUGAGCAGACGGUGCGGAUCCUGCACGCCAAGGUGGCCCAGAAAUCGUACGGAAACGAGAAGCGGUUCUUCUGCCCCCCGCCCUGUGUCUACCUCGCAGGUCCCGGCUGGAGGGUGAAGCCAGGGCAAGGCCAAGCCCAGCAGGCAGGGGAGAUGGGGCCCACGGUCUGCGGCUACAUGGGGCUGGACGGCGCGUCCGGCAGCGCCGCGGAGACGCAGAAGUUGAAUUUCGAGGAGCAGCCAGACUCCAGGGAAUUUGGCUGCGCCAAGACCCUGUUCAUCUCAGAUGCGGACAAGAGGAAGCACUUCCGGCUGGUCCUGCGGCUGGUGCUCCGUGGGGGCCGGGAGCUGGGCACGUUCCACAGCCGCCUCAUCAAGGUCAUCUCUAAGCCCUCGCAGAAGAAGCAGUCUCUGAAGAACACCGACCUGUGCAUCUCCUCGGGCUCAAAGGUCUCCCUCUUCAACCGCCUGCGCUCCCAGACGGUCUCCACGCGGUACCUCUCAGUAGAGGACGGGGCCUUCGUGGCCAGUGCACGCCAGUGGGCCGCCUUCACGCUGCACCUGGCUGAUGAGAACUAUUCCCAAGGGGACUUCCCGCCUCGAGAGGGCUACGUCCGCUAUGGCUCCCUGGUGCAGCUUGUCUGCACUGUCACUGGCGUCACACUACCUCCUAUGAUCAUCCGCAAAGUAGCCAAACAGUGUGCACUCCUCGAUGUGGACGAGCCUAUCUCCCAACUGCAUAAGUGUGCAUUCCAGUUCCCAGGGGGUCCGCCAGGAGGGGCGGGCACCUACCUAUGCCUCGCCACAGAGAAAGUGGUGCAAUUCCAGGCCUCCCCCUGCCCCAAGGAGGCGAACAGAGCCCUUCUCAACGACAGCUCUUGCUGGACCAUCAUCGGCACCGAGUCAGUGGAAUUCUCCUUCAGCACCAGCCUGGCCUGCACGCGGGAGCCGGUCACUCCCGUGCCCCUCAUCAGCACCCUCGAGCUGAGCGGCGGGGGCGACGUGGCCACGCUGGAGCUCCAUGGUGAGAACUUCCACGCGGGGCUGAAGGUGUGGUUCGGCGAUGUGGAGGCCGAAACCAUGUACAGGAGUCCGCGGUGCUUGGUGUGCGUGGUGCCUGACGUGGCCGCCUUCGGCAGCGACUGGCGCUGGCUGCGCACGCCAAUCACAGUGCCGGUGAGCCUGGUGCGCGAAGACAGGCUCUUCUAUGCGAGCGCCUUCUCCUUCACCUACACCCCCGAGUACAGCGCGCGGCCAGGGCCCCCGGGCGCCCCCGAGCCCAACGCCGACGCCGACGCGCUCCUGGAGAGCAUUCACCACGAGUUCACGCGCACCAACUUCCACCUCUUCAUCCAGACCUAG